AUGAUUGUUGAGACUCUGAAUACAGCCGAAAAAAUAAGUUCAUUAUCUACAAUUGAGGGCAGUGAUCCAGGAGUAGAUGUAUCGGAAGAUGAGGAAUUGAGAGGUGCAUUGGAUAUGCAUCAACUCAUCUAUCAACAAGGACCACUCUCUGAUUCACCACCGCAGACUGCUGAUCAAGUUAUCGAAGAAAUCGAUCAAAUGCUACAGUCAUGCGAUUUUACUGGUUCAAUGAUGACCGAUCGUACGAUGGAAUCCGUCGACAGUAUGUAUUCAUCAAUGCGCUCUCCGCUGCCAUCCGCACAGUCCGAGCUGGACGCCAAGUUCAGGCAGGCCACUGCCAUUACGGCGAAUCCUGAAUAUCUUCAGUCACUAUCGUACAGUAAAUUGGUUACUUUAAAUGCUGAAAUGGAGCAACUCAUACAGGUUUAUAACGACAGUUUAGUGGAGCAAUUGGCGCAUAGGGAUGAAUUGGAAUAUGAGAAAGAAAUGAAGAAUACUUUUAUCUCGUUACUUCUAUCCAUCCAGAAUCGACGACGACAAUUCGCAAAUGAACGAAAACGAAAAGCGCUCAAAAUCGACUCAUCUCAAUUGCCGCAGUAUAUGACUGCAUCGAUACCCUACGAUGAAACACAUCAAAAUAUGGACAACAACACCUUGCAAGCACUCAUCAAAUUAUUACGAGCGAUCGACGAUGACAAUCCAGCAGUUCCGAGCAUGCUCACCGAUUAUAUCCUAACUGGUGAGUACCAUUAA